AUGUUUACCCAUUUAAGUAGCCUUUGGGAUAUAGUUCCCCGAUCGGACGACCAAAAUCAGUGGGGCCUAGCGCUUUGGCUGGAAACGAGACAUAGAAUUCAGAAUCAGGAAAGGAUGUCCAGCGAGCAGAUCAAUCGUCAACCGGCACCGGAAACGCAAGGCCGCCCCGAACCGGAACCGGAAACGGAAGUGGAGGUGGAGCCCGAGGUCGCUGCCUUCGAAGCCCUCUCGAUCGGCAGCUUGGCCAGCUUCGCCAGCUCCAUGGAGUCGGGGAACGGACCCAGCACCAGCCGCAAUCGAGCGGCGAAACCCGGCCAACCACUCACCGGCUGUGUGGUGCGCAUCAAACGGGAACUGAUGGACUUUCGCAAGCAUCCGCCGCCGAAUUGCUCCGCUGAUAUGUACCUUGACGAUCUCUUUCGCUGGACGGCCGGUGUGGAUGGGCCAGCCGGUUCGGUCUACGAGGGCGGUCACUUCCGGCUGGACAUCCGCUUUUCGACCGCCUAUCCCUUCCGGCCGCCACGCAUCCGGUUCAUCACCCGCAUCUAUCACUGCAACGUGGACAGCCGGGGCGUCAUCUGUCUGGAUGUCCUUGGGGAACGCUGGUCGCCAGUGAUGAACGUGGCCAAGGUUCUGCUGUCCAUUUACGUGCUGAUGAGUGAGUGCAAUCCGGAGGAUCCGCUGGUCAUGUGCAUCGCCGAUCAGUACAAGACCAAUCGCAAGGAGCACGACAGGAUUGCCAGACACUGGACCAAGCUGUUUGCCAUGCCCAAGUCGCAGGAUAAGGUUAAGGAAAACGAGCAGAGUCAGGAUCAAAAUCAGGAGCCAAAGCCAAUGCCAAGCCAGUCGGAAAAUUAAUAGUCGAAAAAGCAGACAACGCCCAAUACUCCUUAAUCACUCAAUAAUUAUUAGGAACCACUACCCAAAUAGCACAUGAAAAUGAGUUUUAAAUAUUUUUCGCGAAGCAACUUAAACAGAAACUAAGAAGACACGAAAACAAAUUGCUAUAUUUGCAAGUUCGAAUGACGAUUCAAUUAAAUUAUUAAAAUCACGACAACGGAAACAGUUAAGUCGCAACUAAAAAAUAUAUUUAUCCUAAUGAAAAAUAUUGUGUACAAAUUAUUGACAUUUGUCUUCAAUAUUUAAUGCAAAAAAACUAAUAAAAUUUUAGUCUCUUCCUUU